AUGGAGUUUCCUGAGCCGCACAUCCAUCCUCCACGUGAGAAGCACACCCAUACGGCCAUUUUUUUACAUGGCCGGGGAAGCAAUGGCCCAGAAUUUUGUAAUGAGCUCUUCACUUCCUUGACCACAAAUUUGAAGAACCUACCGGACAGCCUUCCAAGCUGGCGCUGGGUGUUCCCAACUGCGAAGACGCGUUUUAGUUCGAGGUUCCGAGAAGACCAAUCAGCCUGGUUUGAUGUCUGGUCUAUUGACAAUACGGAAGAUCAAGAGGAAUUAUCGGUGGACGGACUACGGGAAUCAGUCUCUUACAUCUUGAAACUCCUCGCUGAUGAGAUCGAGCGAGUCGACGGAGAUGCCAGUCGUGUCUUUCUCUGCGGGAUCAGUCAAGGCAUGGCGACCGCACUCUGGACCUUCCUUUGCGCUGCCGGGCAGAUCAAUCAACCUCUGGGCGGAAUAAUUGGGUUCUGUGGCUGGCUACCCUUUUCGCACAAGGCGGAAGACUUGACACGGCGGCAACAGGCGCUGGAACUAUUACACCAAAACGGCAUCAAUCAGUCCUUGAUCGAGUCCAGUAAGCUUGACAACAAGCGACAGAUGUCCAAAUUGUUUCGUGACAUUAUUGCCGGUCCUAACCUCCCUGAAAUUGACGCCUCGACGGAUAUCUCAAUCCUGUCAACCCCAGUGCUUCUGAGUCAUGGGAGAGAUGACCCAGUAGUCUCGAUACGACUAGGCCACCAGGCAUACAGAAUCUUGAAGCAUUUGGAGGUGCCAACGGAAUGGCAUUAUUACAGCGGUGCUGAGGCAAAUGGACACUGGAUUAAGGAGCCCCAAGGGUUUGAUCUAAUCAUUGAAUUCAUCGAGAAACAGCUUCACCGUGGCACAUGA